AUGCCCGCGGGAUUUACUUCGAUCAACAAGGGCGUCUCUAGACUUCCAAACUCCUCCACAAGUCCAGAUGCCGCCUCCCCUCAAAGCCUAAUGUCCGAUGAGGUCGUCUCCCCUGUCCAAGACGAUGAAUCACCAUCGGCACAGAAAGCCGCUAGAAUGCUGGUCGACAAGAAAAAUCCCACAGGUCAGGGUGUAUUAGGAGCGGCCUCGAGUCGUUCAGAUCUGUGCGUAAGUGGUAGCCAAAGCGAUUCAGAAGAGUCAAACGAAAGCACUUUUGCCUCGAGCUCCCACCAUGAGAGCGAAGUCAAGGUCCAUGAUACUGAUUAUAAAGGCCCCGAACCUCAUCUCCAUUCGAUACAAGGCUCUUUCGAAGGCCUCAAUCCCAUAGAUCUAUCUCCUUCAUCCGCUCCGGCAGACGGAAGAAACGCUACUCCUAAUGAUAUCCCAGACCUUGAUGAAGAGUCGAGUCCUCCGGCUUCGGGUGCAACAACUAUAAGCUGGACAACACCGCUUUCCCGACAGAGAUCAUACCAACAGCCUCUCACGGAAGCGAAUCUCAUGGGCUUGUACAGGCCAUCAAAAUGUGACAGCCCUGAACCGAGUAUUGAGGAAGAGCUCGAAUGGGAUACUGUUCGCAGGCAAGGAGGACUUGAAGAGCGCCUCCAAGGCCUACGGAACGAAACCAAUACCUUACGUCGUUCGACUCCUUUCUUGGCACCCCAAUAUGAAUAUGAGAUGCGAGACAAAAGCGAUUUCAGUGAGGACCAUCGUACAUCUCCUCGAUCUGAACGCCCAUAUCCCUCCGAUGAGGAUAAUCUGUACACUGAAGGCGCAGAUACAUCUCGACUACAGACAACAUUGAAUUCAAACAGCUACAUAGGAUUGGAUGAGCAAGGCCAACAGCCGGUGUUUGGGGGACCCCGGAACAUGUUCUCGUCUAACAGGAUGGACACGACGAGUACUAUACCACAAUCUGCCCUCACACAUGGUCUCCAGGCCAACGAUGAGGCAUUUUUGGCUAAUGGCGCCCGUCAGACUGCUCGACGAGCUGACAUGAUGAGCACUUCCCAUUGGCAGCGCCCAAGCCUUCUGCCGCAACUACAUGGUCUACCGGAUGUUGCCCAGCAGUCACGUCAAGGACGCCCCAAUUCAGUGAAUGCUCCUAAUUCCUUGGACAUUAGACGCCAUGAGGACGUUGCGAUCCUACCCAACCACUAUGCUAGAGACCUGGCCGAUACGGCCAACAGCUUGCGUCGGGAAUGGAACAGCGAUGAGUUGCCCAGUGUGGCACUUGCGCACUUCCACCUUUCCAGAGUCUAUCUGGCGGACGCAGAAUGGGGGCUCGAACAGAGAAUGAAGGAGGAACCAAACAGUGGACGGGGAACAAAGCGUAGGCACAGUGAGAUCCGUGGUGAGGAGGAGGCCGAGGAGGAUGAGGACAGUUUGGUAGGAGAAGACUCGCGGAGGAAGAAGUCUUACAGAAAAUGA